UCUGUGCAUCUCCCGUGUAUGGUGCAUUUCCCAGGUGUGGUGCAUAUUCCAGAUGUGGUGUGUUUCCCGGGUGUGGUGCAUUUCCUAUGUUCUGUGCGUUUCCCAUGUAUGGUGCAUUUCCCAGGUGUGGUGCAUUUCCCAGUUGUGGUGCAUUUCCCGGGUGUGGUGCGUUUCCCAGAUAUGGUGUGUUUCCCGGGUGUGGUGUGUUUCCCGGGUGUGGUGUGUUUCCCAGGUAUGGUGCAUUUCCUACGUUCUGUGUGUUUCCCAUGUAUGGUGCACUUCCCAGAUGUGGUGCGUUUCCCAGUUGUGGUGCAUUUCCGAGAUAUGGUGCAUUUCCCAGGUAUGGUGUGUUUCCCUGGUGUGGUGUGUUUCCCAGAUAUGGUGUGUUUCCCGGGUGUGGUGUGUUUCCCAGGUAUGGUGCAUUUCCUACGUUCUGUGUGUUUCCCAUGUAUGGUGCACUUCCCUGGUGUGGUGUGUUUCCCGGGUGUGGUGCGUUUCCCAGAUAUGGUGCGUUUCCCGGGUGUGGUGUGUUUCCCAGGUGUGGUGCAUUUCCUACGUUCUGUGUGUUUCCCAUGUAUGGUGCAUUUCCCAGGUGUGGUGCGUUUCCCAGGUGUGGUGUGUUUCGCAGGUAUGGUGCGUUUCCCAGGUGUGGUGCGUUUCGUGGUACUAGUUUCUUCAAGUCAGGGCAGCAGGUGUCAGGACUGAUGUUACUCAGAGGCUCUCUGUAUCAAAAGUCAGAUUGAUUCAAAAAACAAAUUCUCUUACAUUUGAUGUAAAAUAAUGUUUGAAGAGAAAACUGUGGAGUAACAGCAAGUUAAAGAUGUUUAAGAGGAGUGUCGGGUUAAACUGACUGAACACAUUCACACUCGAUCCCGAGGAGGAGUAGCGUGGUGAAAAUCCAGACAGAAGAAGAAGAAGAAGAAUAUAAAGGAUGAGGAGUCAUAAAGUCUGGACGUGUUGGUUAAAACUAUUCAUCUCAGUGUUUAAACAUGUCUGACUGAAUAAAAGCUCGUAACUCAUCAUAAACACAAAACAGAAACCACGUGAUGAUGUCAGCAGCUGUCCAAAUGCUAACUGCUAACAGCUCGGCUAACUUCCUGAUUUAUCAUAAAUAAUCAUUUGCUAUGAAGAGAAGAUGUGCGGCGGUUUUUAACAUUAAACACGACCAUGAUGUCACUUCCUGUUGUUACCGUGAAAAUCACCCUGCGUGUUUUGAAAUAAAGACUGAAAAGUUGAAAAGUUUUUAUCCAGGAAA